UCACACGAGCAAACAUGCACGCAACAACUUCAGAAAUGCCUUCGGACAGGAUUGUCGACAAGAUUGCUGCUCUGCCCGAUGACGGCACUUAUUUCUCGCUGGAAUUCUUUCCGCCAAAGACGCAGCAGGUGAGGGGCGACCAUGAGGGGCAGNGUUUCGCAAACCUACACGCUCGUCUUUCUCGUAUGGCACAUUCAUUACGGCCACUCUUCGUCAAUGUAACAUGGGGAGCUGGUGGCAGCACUUCGACAAAAUCGCUGGCUCUGGCAGAGAUGACGCAGCGCCAAUUGGGUCUUACCACUUGUUUGCAUUUGACCUGCACAAACAUGUCACGCAAGCUUAUCGACGAAACUCUGGAACAAGCAAAAGCAUUGGGCAUUAGAAACAUCCUUGCCCUAAGAGGCGAUCCUCCGAGAAGCGACGAAUACAGAUCCAACGAGCUGGAGAACCAGGAUGAGGAUGACAGCAACAAGGAAUUCACAUGGGCCGUGGAUCUGGUGCGAUACAUUCGCAAAGAGUACGGACACUACUUCUGCAUUGGUGUCGCUGCAUACCCAGAGGGCCACUCUGAUCAAUCUCACCCCGAGCACCAGCACGCAACCUACGAUCUGCCAUUCUUGGUCGAGAAGGUCGAGGCCGGUGCCGACUUCCUCAUGACCCAACUUUUCUACGACCUUCACGCAUAUCAAGAUUACGAGAGAAUGCUAAGACAACACAAGAGCGGUGUUUUCAAGUCCAUCCCCAUAAUUCCAGGCUUGAUGCCAAUUCAGAGCUACCAGAUCCUCAAGAGAACCACCAAAUUGAGUCACGCAAACCUUCCCUGCGAGGUCUCAAACAGACUGGAACCUAUUAAGAACGACGACGAAGCUGUCAAGCGCGCUGGUGUCGACAUCCUGAGUGAGAUGGUUGAAACACUCAAGAAGAGCCCGACACCUGGACCCAAGGGAUUCCACUUCUACACACUCAACCUGGAGAAAGCCGUCGCACAUAUCGUAGAGCGUUGCAAGCUGAUCGGUGCAGCCAAUGACUAUGUCGCAGUAGAGGACGAUGACACACCAGUCGCAAACGGCAACGGCGACAAGAAAGCAAAGGCACGCCGCAGAUCUUCCCUCGCCAACUCGGCACCACAGAACCGUGUUGUUAUCGACAAGACUACGAGGUCAGCAUCGCACGGCAGUUCGUCUUUCGAGGCUUUCGACGACGAGGCUGGUGUGCCUGGUGAGGACCCACCAUCUUGCGCAGACGCAUUAGCAAUUUCAGAAGGAGAAGGUGCUUUGGGACGAGAGGCAACAUGGGAUGACUUCCCCAACGGAAGAUGGGGUGAUGCUCGCAGUCCGGCGUAUGGUGAGAUUGAUGGUUAUGGUGUCAGUUUGCACGUCUCGAUCCCAAGUGCCUUGAAGCUGUGGGGCCACCCUGUCGACACAAAGGAUAUCACGAGUAUCUUCGAGCGUCAUGUUCGCGGUGAGCUCGCUGCUAUUCCAUGGAGUGAAGAAGGUCUCAACCCAGAAACCGCGACGAUCAAGAGCGAGUUGACUGGUUUGAUCCAGAAGGGUUGGUGGACAGUCGCUUCUCAACCUGGUGUAAACGGCUUCCGCAGCGACCACGAGAUCUUUGGUUGGGGACCACCUGGUGGUUUUGUCUUCCAAAAGCCUUUUGUUGAAUUCUUCUGUUCACACGAAGACUGGACACGACUACGCGCCAAGCUCGACAAGGACGACCAGGUCACAUACUUUGCCUGCAACGGCAAGGGCGAUUUCCAAGCAGCAGACGAGGAAAGCUUGAACCCGGUGACUUGGGGCUGCUUUACCGGUAAAGAGUGCGUAUACUCCCAACCCGUCUUCUAUGUUCUUCUGAACCUUUGC